GCGUGGUUCGCGACGACUGGCUGUGUAUGCUUGUUUUCUUAUGCUUUAUCCUUGUUCGGUCCGCACGUCGUUGUUUGUGGCAGGAUAUAAGUUGAAUUAAUUUAGAUAUGCAUUUGUAAUUUAAACAAAGAGAACACAAUGCCUUGGGCAGAGUAUGUCAAUAUUUCCCCUCUAAUCGCUGAAAUACAUGAACAAGUCCAUCAGUGCGGGACGCCUCUUGACAGCACCAGGUUGAGAAAGUAAAUGAUCGAGCAUGCGCAGUUGAGGUUCGUGCCAUAUUGGAACGAGGUAGAGGACAGGAGAAAGACGGGGGUAACGUUUUCAAUUUACUUGGAAGCACUAGGAAAAGAUACUGGCGGGAACACCUGUCGCGAGGCAGAGGCUGCCAGGGUGCAAUUUAUAACCUCAAAAGUGCAGACUCCACACGCAUUGCGAUCACAUCCCAUGACCGUUUGAUAUUACUGCUUUGACAGGAAGGGGUUUUUCAGCUUGGAUCAAAGUGGUUUUAGCUACUGCUGAUACAGUCUCCUGGGUGGGGUUGGGAACACAGUGGGGGCAUCAUGAACCCCGAGACACAGGAAUCUGAAGGCGGCUCUGAACUGGAGUCUGACUUCAACUGGGAUGAGUAUCUGGAGGAGAAUGGAGUAUUGGCGGUUCCACAUCACGCCUUCAAACAUGUGGACCGUAGCCUGCAGACAGGGCUGGCUCCAGGGAUGAGUUUGGAGGUGUGUGUGCGUUCGGAGCCUGACCAACCCUACUGGGUAGCCACCAUCAUCGCCACCUGUGGCCAACUGCUGCUGCUGCGCUACGAGGGUUACCACGACGACCGACGAGCAGACUUCUGGUGUGACAUCAUGACCUCUGACCUCCACCCUCUGGGCUGGAGCAGGCAGCACAGGCAACCAAUGAGACCGCCUGAGGGUGUCCGUGAGAAACAUGCUGACUGGGAAGCUGUCCUAGAGGAGGCUCUGGCUCAGGGAGGGAGUGCACCAGCACACCUACUGGAGGGGGCCCAGACAGGGGGAGACCUGUUCCCCCUGGGGUGUUGUGUGGAGCUGCAGGACAGUGUAGACCCGGGGGUGGCCUGGGGGGCCCAGGUGGAGGACAACGUAGGGGGCCGGCUGUGUCUGCGCUACACUGGGACGGAGGGGCUCACCCAGUCACAGACCAGGCGCUGGGUAUUCUACCUGGACCCCCUCUUACACCCACCUGGCUGGGCUGAGGAGAACAGCUUCUCUCUCACCCCACCUGCUGUGCUUCGUGGUUUGCGCAGCGAGACAGAGUGGGAGGAGGUGAGAAAGAACAUUAGACAGCCUAAAGAAGAAGCCAUCAAUGAAGACUUCUUUAAGGACAGGCCUGUCCUCUCGCCUCACUGCUUCUCUGAGGGGAUGAAGUUAGAGGCAGUGGACCCCGCUGCCCCCUUCAACACCCGCCCAGCUACUGUCACCAAGGUGCUGAGCGACCAGUACUUCAGGGUGCAGAUGGACAGCCUGCAGGUAGACAGUGAAGGGGCGGGGCCUGGCUUAUCCUUACUCUGUCACUAUGGGAGCACCGGAAUCUUCCCUGCCCAAUGGAGCCUUAAAAAUGGGGUACCCCUCAGUCCCCCUCCAGGUUACCAGGGCCAGAACUUUGACUGGGCGGAUUACCUGAAACAGUGUGGAGCAGAAGGAGCGCCAGAGAGCUGUUUCCCCGUGGGGCAGAGUGAUCAUGACUUUGUUGAGUCCAUGAGGCUGGAGGCGGUGAAUCCUGUCUCUCCUGAGCAAGUUCACGUGGCAACCAUAACUAGGGUCAGAGGUCAGCACAUCUGGUUGCAUCUGGAAGGGUUGAAGCAGCCUCUCCCUGACAUCAUCACUCAUGUGGACUCCCUGGACAUCUUUCCAGUCAGCUGGUGUGAGAGUAAUGGCUAUCCUCUCCAACACCCCUACAAACCUAGAGCUCCGAGGAAGAGCCGUGUGGCCGUGGUGCAACCAGAGAAGCAAUCUCCACUUAAAGCCACGGCCCCUGAUGCAGCGAGGCAGCAGGAUCUGAACCAAUCGGAGAACGCAGCUCAGGGUAACGGGAAGUACAGCUGCCCAAAGAUCUAUUUCAACCACCGCUGUUUCUCUGGCCCCUACCUGAACAAGGGCCGUAUCGCUGAGCUGCCCCAGAGCAUUGGCCCCGGCAACUGUGUCCUGGUGCUGAAAGAGGUGUUGACUCUGCUGAUCAGCUCGGCCUACAAGCCCAGCCAGGUGCUGAGGGAGCUGCAGCAGGACCCAGAGCUCAGGGGGCACGGCCAGGGAGAGACUCUGAAGGCCAAGUACAAAGGGAAGAGUUACCGGGCCACUGUGGGGAUUGCCCGUACGGCUGACCAGGUGGCUGAGUUCUGCAGGAAGACGUGUGUGAGGCUGGAGUGCUGCCCCAACCUGAUCGCACCUCACAUGGUGCUGGAACACUGCUCGGAGAACUGCUCCCUUCUCACCAAGACCAAAUACACUCAUUACUAUGGUAAGCAGAAGACCAAGCGAAUCAGCCUUCCCCUUGGCGGUUACACCAACCUGGAGAGCAGCACCAAGCAGGGGAGCAGGAGGAAGAAGAGGAAGCCCCUGUUUGUCCACAAGAAGAAACACCUGUCUACCUCUGUAGACAGCACCCCUGCUGGCUCCCCACUGGCUAGUGGAGAAGAGGAGGACCUGGAUGAGGACUACUAUCUGAGUGAGGAGGACUCGGGUUCAGAGCAGCAGGAUGACUAUGAGGUAUCAGAGAGGAAGUCCCAGCCCCCCUCUCCCUCCCCCUGUCCCACCCCUACAGAACCUCGCCCCCGGGACAGACCCCGUCGCCAGCGCAGGAAACCCGCCCGCUCACCCUCCUACUCAGACGAUGAGAACGGGCCCACCUUACCUAAGAGUGGGCGGGUGGAGGUGCAGGAGAAGCUGCAUCUGGACAGCAGUCCUCUGGGCUGGAGCAUUACUGAUGUGACCCGUUUCAUCAGAACUACUGACUGUGCCCCGCUAGCACGCAUAUUCAGGGACCAGGAGAUAGACGGCCAGGCCCUGCUGUUGCUGAGCCUGCCCACAGUACAGGAGUGUAUGGGGCUGAAGCUGGGCCCUGCCAUCAAACUGUGCCACCUUAUAGAGAGGGUCAAACUGACCUUUUACCAGCACUUUGCCAGCUGAGGAGUAUGUGUGUGUGUGUUUGGUCUCAAGCUCAUUACUAAGCCAUAUCACAUCCAGCGUUGUUGUAAUGUACAGUAUGUGCUGCUCCAGGAUGGGCACAGCUUAUAGCCUCAGCUGUUCACCCUGGAAUGUGACUGGAUUCUGUAUCUUUCAGGGAUUUCAUGUUUACAGUGCCUUCAGAAGAUAUUCACACCCCUUGACUGACUAUACAUUUUGUUGUUACGGGCUGAAUUCAUAAUGGAUUAAAUUGAUUUAUUUUCUCACCCAUUUACACACAAUACUCCAUAAUGACAAAGUGAAAACAAGUUUUAUAUCUAAUUUACAUAAGUAUUCACACCCCUUAGUCAAUACAUGUUAGAAUCACCUUUGGCAGCGAUUACAGCUGUGAGU